AUCACGUGACCAGCGUUGUGAGAAUUUCCAAGAUGGAUACUUCCACGGAAUAUUAAUCCUGUGGAUAUUAACUCAGUGUCAGCAUCUUUGCCCUGCGGAACGUCCUUUAAGCUGAAGGGGAUGGCCAAGUGGGUGGUGCCCUGACACCACUGGCCGCCGAGCUGAGCUCUCUCCUGAGGACGACGCCGUCCGACCGAUGUGAAUGACGGCCCGCUGAGGGCUGCAUUAGCGAGACAGGAUGAUCAAGGAGCCGAAGGAGGCGAAGAAGGAGAAGAAGGGCGGCUCGGCGGCUGGCGCCGGCGCCGCGCCCGCCCUGGUCAAGCUGGAGCCGGUCGAGCCGGGUGCGGUCCAAGCCGAGGACGGCGCCGCGCUCAACGGCGUGGAGGCCGGCGGCGGUGGCGGGAGCGGCGGGCCGGCCGUCUCGAUGUCGGCCGCUCAGCCUCUGCCCUCGAGCGUCAUCAACAAGCAGCCGAUGACGGCCGACGCGCAGUACAUGCAGCAGCAGAGCCAUAUCUUCGUCUUCUCCACGCAGCUGGCCAACAGGGCGUUCGAGUCGGUGGUGCAGAGCCAGUACCCGACCAUCAUCGCUUACCACUGCUCGCAGCCCGGCACCAAGAAGUACCUGGACCGGAACCCGCUGAAGCUGAGCCAGUUCAGCCGGAGUGCGUCAGCGCCGCAGCUCUACAACUGCAAGCGGCCGGCGGGCGGCGGCCGCAUGCCCGGACCGUACGGCAUGCGUCUGCCGGACGAGGAGCUGACGCCCGAGCAACGGCACCACCGCGCCUCGCAACUGGCCACGCUCAAGCGCAUCGGCGAGAUGCUGCUGCCCGAUCAGCAGCACGCGGCGCAGCCGGGUCCUGGUCCUGGUCCCGGUCCCGGUCCCGGUCCCGGUGCUGGCCCCGGCCCGGGCCCCGGUCAGCCACCCAACAGCUGCCAGAUGAUGCCCAACGGACCGGCGUCCAUGUGCGGACCCAACGGACCCACUGUCUCCAUGAACGGUCCCAUGGGCGGUGGCGGCAUGAUGAUGGGCCCCAACGGUCCGAUGAUGCCCAACAAUGGCAUGGGCCCCGGGCCUGGUGGCGGCCCGAUGGGGCCCAUGGGGCCUGGCGGGCACGGGCCCAUGAUGCCACAAGGCGGCCCGAUGGGCCCUGGCAUGAUGGGGCCGAUGGAUCCGCGCAUGAUGGGCCCGCAGCAGAGGAUGAUGGGCCCCGGCGGCCCGCCCACCUCCAUUGCCGCCCAGAUGGAGUGGCAGCGGCUGCAGAGCGAGUUCUACGACGAACGGCGACGGAAGGGCAUGCUCAACAUGGGUCCCGGUUGCCACAUGGGACCGCACGGACCCGGAAUGCCAAUGGGCCACCAACCCGGCGGUCCCAUGGGUCCACAGGGCCCGAGCGGUCCGAUGGGACCGCAGGGCAUGGGCGGCCCGAUGGGCCCUCAGGGCCCAGGCGGUCCGAUGGGACCGCAGGGUCCCGGUGCGCCGAUGGGUCCGCAGGGUCCCGGCAGCCCGAUGUGCGGCCAGGGUCCGCCGGGCCCGAUGCACCCCAACAUGCGUAUGAUGAUGAUGAUGCCGAGCCGGAUGCAGGGUCCGCCGCCGCCGUACCCGCUGAGCCAGCCUCGUGCCGUCGGCGUGCCGGGCGCGCUGUCUAGUCCGAGCCGGAGCACGGGCUCGCCGACCACCUCACUGCCGCGCACCUCCCCCCGGCUGGGCUCGCCGGCCGUUUGUCCGCGCCUGCCCACGCCCGGCCCGUCGCCGCACUCCCCGCCGCCUCCUCACCUUCAGCCGCCCGGUGACAUGUUCGGCCGGCCGGUGGCCAAUCAAAACUUCCCGCAGAACCACAUGGCGACAGAAGCCAAUCUGAUGCCCGUGCCUUCACCUCAGCAAAUACAGUACAUCAACAACUUCGAGGGUCAAGAGCUGACCAUCCACAAGCAGGCCAACACGGGCCUGCGGGACGCCGACGUGCGCCCACCCUCUGUGCCUUCGACGCCGGUGAGCGAGCUGUCAGCGGCGCCGGAGGCGGGCGCGCCGCUGGCGCGCGCCGGCUCGGCAAUGUCGGGCCCGCUGACGCCGUGCAGUCUGGACGGCAAGGGUCGCUUCUCGGGGCCGAGCCCCGGCGGGCCGCGCACUCCCGGCGAUCCGCGCUUCCCGGCGCCCAGCCCGAAGCCGCCCGGCGCCGAGGCGGCGCGCUACGGUGCUCCUGGUGCAGCGCCGCCCGCCUCGCUGGCCGCCUUCCCCGGCGCCCACUCGCCGGCCGCCAUGGCUGGCCCCAUCCCACGCAUGGCCUACCCGGACAUGCUGCCCGGACGGAUGGCGCCCGACCGUGACCUGCCGCUCAGCCACGCGCACAUGCCGCUCAAUCCGCAGCAGGCGCCGCUGGGCAUGGCCGAGGGCAAGGUGUUCGACCCGAUCUCGUCCAUGGUGCAGAUCUCGAUGGCGCCGUGCACCGCGCACCAGCCGGCCUCGUCGCCGAAGCAGGGCCUCAGCCGCGGCAUGUCUCCCGGCCAACAGUUCCUGGCCGGCGCGCCUCCGGCCAUGAUGUCGCGCAUGAUGUCGCCGGGUGGCCCGAUGCUGGCCGGUGGCGGUGGCGGCGGCGGCGGCCGGCCCGGCGGUCCCUACAGCGGCGCCAGCGUGCAAGUGAAGGCCAGCGCGCCCAACACGAUCCAGUAUCUGCCGACGCGGCCGCAGACGGGCAGCGCCGGGCCGCGCGGCCCGCCCAGCCUCGACUUCCUGCAGCGCUUCACCGGGCCGGCUGGCAUGGCCGGGCCCAUGCCGGGCAUGCCUGACCCGGGUGGCCCCAUGCCCGGGCAUGGCAUGGUGAUGACGGUGCCCAGCGGCCCCAUGAGCGGCGGCGGUGGCGGCCCCAUGGGCGGCGGCGCGCAGAUGGGCGGUCCCAUGAGCGCCCCCAGCAUGAGCAUGAGUGGACCGAUGAGUGCGGCGAACAACAUGACGAUGGCCGGUCCCGGCGGCCCCAUGAUGAGGCCCGGGGGGCCGAUGGGUGGCCCCAUGAUGGGGCCUGACCCGCGGCACGGCGGCCCCAUGGGUCGCCAAAUGGGCAUGAUGAUGGUGCCCAAUGGUCCGAUGAUGGGCGGCCCCAUGCAGGCGGGGUUCGGCGGCCCAAUGGCGAUGGGCGGCGGCCCGGCCGGCCAGGUGAUGGUGCCCGGCGGACAGCAGAUGGGGCCGCGGCCGCAGCUGAUGCGCGGCCAGAGCCCCAACAUGAACAUGGCCGUGAUGGGCGGCGACCCGAUGGCGUUUGGGCCGGGCGGACCGCAGCCCAUGAUGAACAACAACGGCGCGACGCCUGGCAUGUACGUGCACAAGGGCGGUCCGAUGGCGGUGAUGGGCGGCGGGCCGGGGGCGCCCGAGGCGGCCCAGCCGCUGCCGCCCUCCAUGGGGCAGCCGGGCGGCAUCAAGACGGGCCAGUUCAGCUGGUACCACUGACACACACACAAACACAAACACACAUACACGCCGCGCGGCCGCAGCCGUCCUGUGAUGGUGCAAUAAGAGCGAUAUUUUAUGUUGUUAGCGCGCGUAGCUGUUGUUGACUAGUGGUGCCAGAAGCUGUUGCGAGUGCUGUGUGCGGCAGGCGCCGUAGCGUGCUGGCCGCCGGCGGUGCGCGGCCGCCCCCUGCAGAGUGUCGCCGCCGCCGCGCCUGCUCCGUGUGCCCUCUUCUGCUUGACCCGAUCUGUUUAGGGCGGGCUGCUGCACACAGUAUUACCCGCUGUUUGGGGCCGGUGCCGGCGGCGCGAACCGACCAGCCCUGCGGCCGCCGCCGCGCCGGCCGUUCGUCUGUUUGUGCCGACACGAUUGCGUUGGCUGGAUCGUUGCUGGCGGACGCGUUGUGGUGUCUGUUUGGCUCUGGCCGGUUGUGUGCCGAAAAGGAUUAAUUCGGAGAUUAUUGUUUUGAGAUGAUGCGCGAUUUUUUUUGACAAUUUGUACCAUGUUCACCGUUCUUGUUGUACAGGCAGCAUCGCGAGAGACGGCUCAGUAUUCAUUAUUCAUUAAUUGUGCAUGUAGAAUGGACCUGUACAUUUUUAACAUACGGAAAUUGACAUAAAUAUUUUACAAAUAUCGCUUUUUUGAUAUAUUGACCAGUUUGUGGAAUGCAUCCACGGAUUUUGUUAAUGUGGAAUGGGUAAAGCUACU